AACUAACAAUAAAUAAUCCACAAUAAACAACAACCAUCCUAACAAACAGCAACCAUCUGAACAAACAAAGACCAUCUCAACAGACAACAACCAUCUCAACAAACAACAACCAUUUCAACAAACAAAGACCAUCUGAACAGACAACAACCAUCUGAACAGACAACAACCAUCUGAACAGACAACAACCAUCCCAAAAAACAACGACCAUUUCAACAAACAACGACCAUCCCAAAAAACAACGACCAUCUCAACAAACAACAACCAUCUCAACAAUAAACAAACAAACAAACAAAAGGAAUUCUUAUUAAUCAUCACUAUGAAUCAAUUAAUUGAUCAAUUAAAUGAUAUAAAAUUAGGUAUUAAAUUAUCAUUAAUUACAAAUGCUCAAUAUCGUUAUGAAGGAUUAUUAGCUGGUAUUAAUUUAAUUGAUAAUACAAUAAUAUUAAAAAAUGUUAAAUUUUUUGGUUAUGAAAAUCGUAUACCACCAAAUAAUAAUAAAGAGAAUCAUGAUCCAGAUCAUGAUCCAAAUCAACAAAAUAAUAAAAUACCAAAAAUUGGAACAAUAUUUGAUUCAAUUACAUUUUGGAUAUCAAGUAUUAAUCAAAUUUAUCCAUUAAAUCAAUAUAAAUUAAAUCAGAAAUUGAUGAUAAAAACAAAUUCAUCAAUAAGAAGUCAAAAAGAGGGACAUAGACAGCAUACUAAUUUAUGUUAUGCUCCUAGAAAUCAAAGGCAUCUCAUGGGAAUAAGUUCAUUUAAAAAUAAGCCAACUACUGAAGAGUCAUUAAAUGUGAAUAAUUGUAGAGAUUCAUCAAAUCAACGUACCGUACAUCAACCACGUAUACUGAACUCGUACUCUCGUAGAAGUCGUAAUGUGAAACCUUUACUAAAACAAAGGAAUUACAUGCCUAUGUUUCAAGUUGUUCCACACCCGGGAAACUUUUACAAAUUUGGUUAUCCUCUGACCGUACAAAACCCACCAUUUAGACUUCUGAAUAAUUCUAUUCCACCUAAAUUUGGCCAUUUAGGAUCACGAUAUUUAAAAAAACAACAAAAUCGACCUAUGAGGAUUCCAAACAGUAGUUACAAACAACAUAUUCAAAGUAGUGUGAAUCCUUAUGGAAUGUAUGUUUAUUUAUCUCCUGAAAUGGCAACAACUAUGCAACAAAGAUCGACCAGUUUUAUGGCUCCUCGAUUUAAAGGGACCAGACGCCGGGUGACAGAAAGAAAAUCAAAAAGAAGUAAUCCUAAAGUUCUAUCUGAAGAAAUAGAUUGCACUAAACCAUAUGAUUUUGAAAUGGCAAAUGCUGAACUAGAAGCCGAGUUGGCUAAAAUGAACUUGAAUACGGAUGAAGAUUCAGUGAGUCAAGAGAACUCGGAGGUAGAUCAAACUGUUGGCGAACGGCCAAUACCGUCGACGGCAGCAAAUAACGUUUCGAUAUUACAAACUAAUCCAAAUACUUCAUCUGGGGAAUCCCCUUCAGGAGUAGUUAGUUCUACUACGGCCAAUAUCACAAACGUUCUCAUUUCUGAAAACAAACGUUCAUCUGAGAGUAAGGAAACUCUAUCUAAAGGUGAAUAUUACGUUCAAGAAAAGUGCUUUUACGAUCAGAUAAGUAGAUCAGAUGGACGACCAAAUGGACGGAGAAAAUAUAAGAAAUCAACAAGUAACCAUUAUGAUAUUGGAAGAAAAUCCAAUACAAACGAUACCAUGACUCGAAUCAAUCAAGCUUCAUCAUCUAAAAGAGAACGUCUAUUGAAUUUUGAAACUUUUGGUCCAAUGGCAACUAGAAGACUUUAUUGGCCACAAAGAAAAAGUUCUAGUGUUCCUCGUCAUCUAUUGGUUUCUGCAUCAGCUUAAGAAGAAACAAGAUUCACAUUGAUUUAAUUCAUUAACAUAGUUGGUUGAUUGUUUGAUAAGCUUAUAAACAAUAUGAUGAGUGAAUGAAUUGUCUAACUAACAUAACCUUUGUUGAUUCUGUUUAUUAUUCUUAAUUAAUGUUAUUGUGUGUUUAUUCAAAAUAGAUGUGUGUUUUUUCUUUC